AUGUUUCGGGGUCGGUUUAUUCGGGGAGCCUCCAGCUGGCUCGAGAACUGGAGUGUUGCGAGUGGUGCCCGCAAUUUCUGCUCCCACUCGGAACUGCCUAUGGAGAAAAGCCGCCUCGUGCAGGGCGUUUUCAGCUCCGUGGCACCUGCAUAUGACCUAAUGAACGACUGCAUGUCACUGGGUCUCCACCGGGUAUGGAAAGAUCACUUCGUACGACGAUUGCGUCCGGUGAGCGGCAUGCGCAUCGUAGACGUUGCAGCUGGCACUGGUGAUAUCGCGUUUCGGAUAUGGCAACGGGAGCCGCGUGUCUCUCUUACUCUUCUGGAUCCUAACGAGGAAAUGCUAUCUAUAGCACGGAGACGGGCGGCCGCUUUACUCGGCAGGUCGCGUUUUUCAGACAGCGAUCAUGGCGAGGAGCUCGCUCCCGGGCCUGCUACCAGCACACGUUCACAGCCAGCGGGUGUCGCGGGCACGAUGCGUUUUAUCGUCGCUGCUGCAGAGCGACUACCGUUGCCGGACGCUUUAUUCGACGCCUACACUAUAUCUUUUGGCAUGAGGAACACGUCGGAGCCGCUACGAGCCAUGCAGGAAUCGUAUCGAGUAUUGCGGCAGGGUGGUCGUUUCCUGAUGAUGGAAUUCGCCCGCGUUCGUGAAACCUUCCCGCUGGUACAGCAGCUCUACGAUGCGUAUUCCAUCAACGUUAUACCAUGGCUCGGCGAACGGAUUGCCCGAGACCGCCAUGCCUACGAAUACCUCGUUGAGAGCAUUCGGGCGUUUCCCGACCAAGACGAGGUCUGCGCUAUGCUGGAACGGAGUGGUUUUCGGGAGGUCACGUUCGAAGAUCUGGGCUUUGGCAUGGUGAGCAUCUAUUCUGGAUGGAAAUUGGAGUAG